CCCCGAGUCCUCGAGGGAAGAGCGAAUGACGGCUUGUUCACCACACGGUGGCGAUUCGCAUUUCUUUUUAAAGGGGUUUUUCGGACAAGCUUUUUUAUGUUGUAAGCAGCACACGGCGAAGUCGCCGGCGAGUGACAUUGUCUACCUUCCGACUUCCCCUUUAAGAGCAGAGCCACCAGCGCGAGCGAGGCUGUGACGUCUCCAAAAAGUGCACCGACUGCCGUGAACUGUUUGAAAGUGGAAGAGUAUCCUGGCGACUUUGCGGGCUGGCGUUUUUUUUUUUUGGUGUGUGUAAGUCAGGGAAAGCCAAAAAAGGUACGAAGCCACUCUCUCCCUCAUCGAGACCCGGCGGGGAGUACACGCCGGCAGAGGAGAGCUCAGAAACACGUAACGUGGGUAGAGGGAGCGACGCGAAACCUCGGAUACAGAAAAGAAAGAGAGACGCGGGGCCAAACCCCUGGAGAAUUCCCAGACGUCGUGGAGCGGCUGGAGCGUCGAAACAAUAAACGGCAACGGGAAGGGAGCGGGAACCGUGUGUGCCGCUAGUGAGACCGAGAGACAAGUCCAUUUUUUUUUUUUUUAAGGUGCCAGCCUCACCCCCAUCCUGAGUGAUCCUUGUCCCCGUCCCGGCACCGGGUUACUUUCACUAUGUUGUCUAACUCCCAGAACCAGAAUGUGCCAGAGUCAAUGUUCCCAAACCAACAACAACAACAGCAACAACAACAGCAGCAGCCACAACAUCCAGUCCAAUCAUUUCCCCUUUUUCCUCAAAUCGGCGUGAAAGUAGGACUGCAGAUUAAAAAGAAUGCAAUCACAGAUGACUACAGGGUCACCAGCCAGACCCUUGGCUUGGGUAUUAAUGGAAAAGUUUUGGAAAUUUUCUGCAAGAAGACCGGGAACAAAAUGGCCCUGAAGAUGUUGCAGGAUUGUUCAAAGGCCCGUCGAGAGGUUGAACUUCAUUAUAGGGCCUCUCAGUGUACCCACAUUGUCAAGAUCUACGAUGUCUAUGAGAAUCUUUACCAGAGUAGGAAGUGCCUGCUGAUUGUCAUGGAAUGCAUGGAAGCUGGGGAGUUGUUCAGCAGAAUCCAAGAUCGAGGAGAUCAGGCGUUUACAGAAAGAGAGGCUUCUGAAAUCAUGAAGAGUAUAGGAGAAGCUAUUCAGUUUUUGCACUCCAUCAAUAUAGCUCAUAGAGAUGUUAAGCCAGAAAAUCUCCUCUACACAGAGCGAAGGUCCUCAAAACCCAUUUUGAAGCUUACAGACUUUGGGUUUGCCAAAGAAACUACCUCUCAUAAUUCGCUGGCUACACCGUGUUACACACCUUACUAUGUUGCCCCUGAGGUUUUAGGACCAGAAAAAUAUGACAAAUCUUGUGACAUGUGGUCCAUUGGUGUCAUCAUGUACAUCUUACUCUGUGGCUAUCCACCAUUCUACUCCAAUCAUGGGUUGGCAAUCUCCCCUGGGAUGAAAAGGAGAAUUCGCAUGGGACAAUAUGAAUUUCCCAAUCCAGAGUGGUCAGAAGUGUCUGAAGAAGCCAAGCAGCUUAUUCGACAGCUGCUCAAGACUGAACCAACACAACGGAUGACCAUCACAGAGUUUAUGAACCACCCAUGGAUCAAUGUGUCUCAGCAAGUACCACAAACUCCACUUCACACAAGCAGAGUUUUGAAAGAAGAGAAGGAUCUCUGGGAGGAUGUGAAGGAGGAAAUGACUAGUGCCUUAGCAACCAUGAGAGUUGAUUAUGAACAAAUCCGAAUCAAGACAAUUGCCGAUUCCUCUAAUCCACUGCUGAUGAAAAGACGAAAGAAAACAAAUGCUGUACCUUCUGAUGCUCAAAGCCAAUGAACAAACCCAAGAAAAAAAGUAUGUGACCCCAAGGAAGCAAUAAUCUUGAGCUUAUUUGAGAGCUACCACCAUAGAAAUGGAAAAACGUGGAUUUAAGGAAAGGAAAAUCACUCGUAUUAGGGUUUUGUGGUGGUGUGUUUUUUUUCUUUUUCUUCUCCAAAGACUGGUGGAUAAAUGGAUAAGCCCUGUGUUGAAGGGAAAAGAAAAUGCCUGAAGAAACAAAAAUUAUUUGGACUCGAGUUCUUCUUGGAUCUCACUUUUGAAUUGCUCUGUAAACAUUUAUCUCUCCGUGGUCCUCUAAAUUUUGCUAAGGAGUUGAAUCAUUUUUAAUAGCUAAAUGUGGAAGGAGAAGGAGAAAUUGUUUUUAAAAUUAGAAUAUAAUAAAUAUAGAUAUAUAUUCACAGUAUAUCAUUUUUUCUAAGGUUCAUUUAUGAAUGAGCCUUACUUGACCUUGCACAAAAGACAAAGCCAUUUUCAGGAAUUUGGGAACACUGAUUUUAUCUUUUUUUUAAUUUUUUAAAUCACAAUUUAAAGAUUGGGAAGGGUUAUUGAAGAAACUACUUCUUAAAAAGAUGCAUAUAUAUCUUUGAGAAAUGGAGAAGAAAGAUAAAAAAAGGAAAAAGACUAAUCUGUCUGACUGCAGAGGUAUUUUUGUGUUUUACAUAUUCACACAAUCUUAUGAACAUAGGUCCAGGUUCUUGAGCUCUUGAAUCAGUAUUGUUACUGGUAAUGUGUUCUUGGAAUCACUGAACACUGCUUUUAAUCAAUUUGCAGUUACAUUAAAAGUGUAAAGGUUUCUGAACAGUUUCUGCAUUAUAAGGGAGUGAUGUGGGAUCGGUGCUAUGAAUACAGAUGGCUUUAUGCAGCAUUUCUUAGGUUUAAAAAAAGUGAAGCAUGUACUUAAUUACAAGAUACAUCAGUCACUUUUAAAAGAUUGCUGAGGGGCACUGGGCAUCUUUGUUUCUUAAAAGGAGGGUUUAUUUUUACUAGUGUCUGGAGAGUAAGAGUAAAGCCCCCACCUUUUUUUUGGUUUCCUUCAACUGACUGUUCAUAAAAUAUUUUGUAUUUAACCACUGUAACUGUUUAAAUCAUUAAACUAUAUGUCACAAAUGAUCAUGCUGAAGCACAGGUCUCCAUAAAAGAUUAAUUAUCACUGCUUCUGCACUGGUCUAGUAGAGGUUAUGUGCAGAAAUCACAUAUUUUGAAACAGCCUUAAAGUUAUUCUUCACAGUAGCCUUUGUAGUUCUAGUUUCUGUGUGCUGCAUUCACAGAAACCUGGGCCACAGUAACUUCAUGUGAUCAUUAUUUUUUAUGUGCACCUGUGUCUUCUAACUCUCCUCUGCCUUGUGCUUUACUGGUCUAUAAACUAAGCCAGCAGCUGGCUUUUAACAAUAUUUUUCUACUGUAUUCAAAUCCAUCCUGUGAACUAUUACUUAAGAAAGGCUAAAUUAAUUUUGGUGUCUGAAUUUUUGUAUUCAACAUUGCUUGACAGCAGGACUUUGCUUCUCAAGUGUAUGUAUGAUUAAAAUAAUUUUGUUUCAUGUCAAGCUGCUGUACUGAUGUCCAGACCUGCUUUUACUUUGAAUUAAAUACUUUUAAAACUGUUAA